AUGUAGAUGAAAAAAAAUUCCCUUGAUCGCCAAGCAAUUUAAAACUUAUUCACAAACAUAGACAAUCAAUUUAAAAUAUAGCUCUUAUCCACAAACUGUUUUCCGUUACAAUAUAUUCCAACAUAUGAUGAAUUAAGUUCUAUUUUGAAUACUUUCGAAAAGAGCAAUUUUAACAAAAAAGGAGCUUGGACACCUUGCUAAGAAAAAUUAUUAAAUGUUGUUGUGUUCGGGGUAUGUUUAUAGAAUCGUAUCCUUCCUCAUGAUUUGGUAUAAAAUAUUCACUUAUUAUAGAUGAUUUAAGAUUGGGAAAGAAUAUCUAGAUUGAUAAUUCAUCAUAAUUGGAAGGCAUGCAGAAAUAGAUGGCUUUAAGAAAAAUAAGCUAAAGCUAGUUGGACUUUGGAGGAGGACCAAGCCCUUAUCUAGUUAUACAAUUAGCAUCCAAACAAAUGGUGUGACAUUGCCAUUGAAUUGAUGAAGAAAUGUCAAACACCAUACGCAAGACAAGGAAAAUAAUGUCGGGAUAGAUGGGUUAAUAAACUAGACCCAAAUAUUAAGAAGGAUCCUUGGACUAAAGAAGAAGAGCUGAUGCUAUUUUAAGAAGUAAAGAAAAAAGGAAAGAGAUGGGCAGAAAUCUCAUUAUAAAUAUUUUAAUUAAGAAGAACUGAAAACACUAUUAAAAACCGAUAUUACAACUUGAUCAAGUAGGAACAGAAUAAACUCAAGUUGAGCAAAAUGAGCAAUGAUGAGAAGGAAUAUUUUGUGAUGAAUAAAAUUAUUAAGGAACUUUAAGAGAAAGUUUAUUAAAAUUAACAUAAUUGUCUUGAUGAUACUAACUGGAAAUAAAUAAUGAGUUCAAAUUUUAAAAUUUCUUAGUUUUCGUAACAACUUUGUAAUAUUGAAUGUCUGAUUAUGAUAAAAGGCAGGAAAUUAGUUAAGCUAAAUGGAACUUUAUGA